UAUCAGGAAUAACAUAGGUCACAGUCCGAGGAUAUAAAUGUUGGUCGUUGGGCAGUGCACUUCAGUUAUAGUGGACUAUGGCUCAGCUAAGGCCAAACUGUGUGGGCCUUGCCCUAGUUCUUUUUAUUGUGUUUCAAUCAACCAUAGCCCUUCAAAAAUGUCAGACAGGAUGUUCUGGAACAGUAGGAGAAUUAAAGUUCACUCCAGGCACCACUUACAAAUACGAUUAUGAUGGAAAAGUAGACAUACACGUCUCAACUGCUGAAGGUCAACACUCUACAACUGAAGUCAAGGCUACUGUCCUCUUGACUCAACAAGCUGACUGUACUCAAGUGCUGAGACUUCAGAAUGUUCACAUUAUCGGACCAGAUGGCAAGAAACGCUCAGGUAUACAAAACAUCGAGAAGCCAGUUGUCCUCAACAGCAACAAUGGUGCACUAUACGAAUUCAUCUGUACUGAACCAGGAGAGAAUCAAAACUCUCUGAACUUGAAGAGAGCCAUAGCCUCUUUAUUCCAAGCCAAUACCGAAAAAAGCACCGAAAUAGAUGUAUUUGGCCAGUGCCCCACUUAUGCAACAAAAAUUGUAGAUGGCGACACAACCACCAUCACUAAGAACAAAAAUUUAAACAAAUGCGCUUUCCGUGAAAGCAUCACCAAUGAUUACUUCACCUCCACAUUCAAUAUUCACAGCGACAUACAAUCUAGUCCUGUUCUCAAUUCUAAUUUUGAUUCCAAAUUGAAGAUCAAAGCGGGAGUAUUAGAUUCCGCCAAUGUUGUUGAGAACUAUUUAUUUGUACCAUUCUCAAUAGGUCAGAAUGGUGCGAAAGCUACAGUCGAAUCUAAAUUGACCCUCACUGGAACAAGUAAAGACAACCCAUCCACCAAAUGUUCAGUAGCUAAGUCCAUAAUCUUCGAAAAUCCACAUCCGGUAACCAUAGCCAAAACAAACAUGAACACCAUCCUCAAGAGUGUCAAAGCAAUAUCAGAUAAUCUUGGAGCUGUGGUAGAGGAUAAAGUUGCUCUAGAAUUCAUAGACCUAAUUAAACUCCUUCGUGUGAGCAAGAAACCUGAUAUACUCUCUGUUUAUAAUCAAAUCAGGUCUGGUUCAGGAUUCUCUGAUAAGGAAGCCGUGAAGAAAAUAUUUUUGGAUGCUGUGUUGACUGCUGGAACUGGUGAUACUAUCGAAGUAGCAAUUGAACUAUUGAAAAAUAGGGAACUUAGCCCUAUGGAGGAGAAACAAUUAUUCGCAGGUCUAUCUAGGGCACGACAUGUUACUGAAAAUUCGAUCAAAACAGCAACAGAUCUUAUCAAUAGAGCCAACCUGCCUAAAGAAGCAUACCUAGGAGUUGGAGCUCUUGCUGGAAGAUAUUGCGCACAACACGAAUGUGAAAAGGUUGAUGCCGUCAACAGGAUAAUUCAAAAAUUACUGAGCAAACUGGGUGAUUUGAAAGCUGCUAAUAGAAAAGAAGAAAACGAUAUGAUAUUUGUCAUGAAAGGACUAACAAAUAUUGGUUUUCUGAACGACGCAAUACUUUCGAAACUUGUAUCCCUGGCUGAAGACAAAAAACAACCAGUGCGCCUCCGAGUAUCUACACUUGAAGCAUAUCAAGCAGCUCCUUGCAAGGAUAAAUUGAGAGAUAGUGCCUUGAAGAUUCUGAAGGACAUUCAGCAAGAUUCUGAGAUAAGGAUUAAAGCAUACUUGGCACUGACUUUGUGCCCCAAUGAUAAAAUUGGAAAAGCUGUUAAAACUUUGUUAGAUAACGAAAAGAGUCACCAAGUUGGAGGGUAUAUUUCGAGCCACAUAAGAAACCUUAGAUCCUCGACAAAUCCAGAUAAACUACUAGCAAAGACCCAUUUGGGAUUCGCUCACACCCCUAAUAGAUUCCUAUUCGAUCCAAGGAAAUACUCUUUCAAUGGCGAAUUUUCCUACUCCUUAGAUGCACUUGGUAUGGGAGAAAACGUUGAGGCAAAUGUUAUAUACUCCCAAAACUCCUACCUCCCAAGAUCGGCCAAUCUGAACCUAACUACUGAGAUUUUCGGCCAAAGGUUCAACUUCUUGGAACUUGCAGCUAGGCAAGAGAACUUAGAUAAAGUAAUCGAACAUUAUUUUGGACCCCAAGGUGUUAUCAGAAAGGCUACUCUUCAACAAAAUUACGACCACCUUGCUAAACCUGUAGCAAAUUUUUUAAAGAAUUUGAAGGAGAAAGUUGAUAAAUCCCUACGAGCUCGUCGAGAUGUUUCCAAAGCAGAUAUUGAAGCUAUUAACAAGAAAAUUCAAAUUAAAAGCAACGAACUCGAUAAAAACUUGGAUUUGGACAUGAGUAUAAAAACUUUCGGAAAUGAAAUUAUAUUCAUGAAUUCUUUCGACAUUACUGAAAAACUUUCACCCCAAGGCAUAAUCGAUGGUCUAAUUAACAAGCUCAACAGUGGACUGGACAACUUGAAAAAUUUCGAGAAUACAAUGAGAUUGAAUCUUCAUUUAUUGGAUGCUGAACUUUCCUAUCCAACAUCUCUUGGUUUUCCUCUAAGAUUAGGAGUUGAUGGUGCUGCCAACAUCCAGGUCAAAACUUCAGGAAAUAUCGAUGUUCGUGAUAUUAUCUCCCAAAAACCUGACAAUGAAAUGAAGCUCAAAAUGUCCAUCAUACCUAGUGCUUCAGUUUCUAUUGUAGGUAGAUUUACCUUCGAUACUCCUUUAAUCGAAAAUGGUUUGAAGGUAGCAUCCACCCUCCACACAUCAACUGGUGGGCAAUUAGAAGUGAAAACCUUCAACACCCUUGGACUUGAUGUAAAGUUCUACGUACCCGUACAAAAACAAGAACUGAUCGGUUUGAAACAUCAAAUCAUAUAUCAGUCUAAGGAAAAUGGAGUCAUCACAAAUAAGGACAUAAAAUUCAGCCAAAACAAGGACUUCCACAUCUGUGUUGAUCACUUGGCUCCUUUCAUCGGACUAGAAUUUUGCGCUGAUGUCAAUGGUCCUAACCUAUCUGGAAAGAAAGUGCCUAUCUUACCAUUCCCAUUAUCUGGUAACGCAAAACUAAGUAUUAGGAUGGAAAGAGGUGAUAUCGAUACUAUCCACUACAGGAGAGAAAUCAUAUCAACAAAAGAUGGCAAAUUGGGUGUGGAAGCAACUUUGGAGUCUUUGAUCCAGAAUGAAAAAGCUGCAGGUUUGAAAGUGGAAGCCUAUUUAUCCCCUGAAACGUACAUCAAAGCUUCUCUCACUUCGCCCAUCAAGAAUGCAGAGGCUGAAGCUAGAUUGGUAUUCAACGAUAGAGAGAAGGUACUAGCAGUAUCACUCAAAGACGAAAAUAAGGUUCUUUAUUCCGCUAAAGCUGGUAUUCAAGUUGACAAUGGUCCGGACAAAACAGUUUAUCAUCCCAUUUUACAAUAUACCACCCCACAAAACAAAUCACCUCAAACACCUCCUUUCCACAUUGAGGGUAAAGUUGUCGCAGUCAGAAAUGGAAAUGAUAUAAAAUACACUCUAGAUGAUAUCACGUUAGUUAUCCCCAACCAUAAAAACAUAGUUCUUUCAGGAAAUUUAGGCACUAAAGGGCCUGCUUAUUUCACAGAUGUCAAGCUAUCUGAUGGAACUAUUUCCGGUUCUUUGGCAGGACAACUAGAGUAUCAUCCAGAUCUAGUCAAGAUCCAACUUGAAGCAAAGAAUUCCUUACAACCAUCAGUCAAUUUCAAUGUUAAGGGGGAAUUCAAGAAACAGAAGAACCCCGAUCUUAUUUCCAGCCAUAUUCAAUUGAUACAUGGACCUGAUCUUGAAUCUAAGACAAACGUCUUGACAUUGAGCAAUAGUUUAUCGGUUAAAAAUCCAAAAGAUCCAAAAGCUCUUGAAGUAAUCACGAAGAACAAGAUCACCUAUCCGUCUUUCAAACUUAGUGGUAAAUUCGAUCUAGAGAAAACCCCUAAAUCCCUACAUUAUGACACUUUCGGUCAAUUCGGAGAUCUAAAACUUGGUUCUGAGCUGAAAGUAAAAGUUAACUCCAAAUCUGUUGGUGAUUACCAAUUGGAAUUAGAUGUCUAUGACCUCAAGAACAAAGUAGAAAUCAGAUCAAGUAGACAAGUUGUCGGGCCUGAGGAUUCCAAGAUAAGUAGUUCUAUUAGUUUGAACAAAAAGAAGUUGGAAGUCACUGGAAAAGUUAAACAUCGAGUGAAGCCUGGAGAUGUUAAUAUUGGAGCUGACUUGACCAUGAAAACACCAUACAACAAAAACCCAUUCAGAUUGAAUGGUCAAGUGAAAGUAAACCCUAGAGAUCUCGAUACACACUUGAAAAUCCUUUCAGGAAAAGUACCUCUGAUUGACGCUUCUCUCAAGGGCAACCGAGCUGGAGAUAUGAAUGGUCACGUCAAGGUGAAUCUCAAAGAUACUGUAGCUGUUGAAGGUCAAAUAUCUUCAAAGAAGGGAGCAGGUAAAGGAAACCUUAUGGUUGACUUCAAACCACUGAAGAAAACUGCAAAACUUGAUACUACUUUCACAAUACAAAAGCCUAAAUUCAACCUAUUGGUCAACUUUUAUCCAGUAUUCAAUGAAAACCCGAAGAAGAAGAUUUCGCUCAACACAAACAAUGAGAUCACUGGAACCACAAUACAUUCCAAAACUAAUUUGGAUCUUCUUGGAAACCAAUUCUCUGUCAAUGCUAAUGCUCAAAUGGGUAACCUCUUCAACGGCAAAACUACCGCAGAUGUAGACCUCAAUCUACCAGGACCCCUUUAUCUGUCAGCUAAGCUCACAAGAGAUGCCACAACAAAAGACGGUCGUGUUAACAGUAACACCGAAGUCAUUCUAGGACAGAGCAGUGACAAGGCUACUCCAGGUAGAAAACUAACCAUAAAAGCACUAGCAAAGGACACAAAUCUCAAGGAGGGCGUUAUGGAUAUCAAAGUUGAUGUAGAUGCUGACGAUUCUAAAGGCAAAACUGCUAAUUUGGACCUAACUCUGAAGAGACAGAAGAUCGACGAUAAGAGAAUUUUGAAAGUCAACAACAAAAUCACUAGUUCCCUCUUGAGCAGUCCGAUCGAAACAAACUAUAAUGCAGAGUAUUCUAAAGCUGGAGGUAACUUGGACUUGAAACUCUCUGUUGACCCUAAGGCUAGUCUGAAGAUGAAAAGUAAAAUCACUGGUGAUACAUCAGCUUCACCAAAAUCAGGCUCAGUGGAUGUUGAUCUUACAAUUCCAUCGCAAACUCUAUCCAAUGUUAAGACUUCCAUUACAUUAUCGUUAAAACCACAACAAGGUAUAGUUGAUCUCAAUGGAAGCCUCAAAACAACAAGUAACGUUGCUACUCUCAACAUCGACACCUCGGGCAAGUUGCAUUUACAAGGAAACAAAAAUAGUGGAAAAAUUAAGGUCCACCAAGAAUUGAGUAAACCUAUCUCUAUGACCAUUGAUGGUUCAGGAGGUUUUAAUGUAGAUACCGAGCAAAUGACAGGUGAAACAAAUGGAAACUUGAAGAUCGUCUUGCCCAAUAAAAGCGUCAUCCAAGGGAGCGGAACCAUAACAAGAGUCUCACCCAAUGAAUACAGCCUAGCAGCGACUCUAGAUCUACCUACUAAAACUUACAAAUCUAAUAAGUUGAACGCACUUAUCAAACGGUCAGCUGAUAACAACAUCAACACUCAAGCUACUCUAGAAAGUGAUGGUCAGAGGACCACAUUGAACUCGGACUUGUGUUUGAAUCCUCAAGAACCAAAGAUUGAUAUCAAGUUAUAUUGUCCAAAUGGAAAACUCUCACAACUUUAUGCAGGUCUCAAGAAACCCAGCAAUGAUAGACUCAUGGCAAAUAUUAAGGUUCUGAGCGAAAGUAAAGACUUCCUUCUAGAGGGUAGUCUGGAUUUGAACACAGAAGAUUCAGAAAACGUGUACAUUCAAGUGACAGAGAACUGUCCCAAGCUUAAUAUCAAGGAUGUUGUCUUGAAGAUCGGUGGUAACAUGAAUACCGUUAACAUUUUGUUAACCUCAGCCGGAAAGAAUAUUUUAUCCGGAGAUGCAAAAAUUACCACCCGUCAAGAACAAGGCAAAAAUAUCGUUGAAGGGUCCGGUGAUUUCAAGGUCGGAAAUGACAAGAAAACAGGCAAUUUCAAAUACAUCCGUACCAUCCUAACAUCCGAUAAAAAUGGAGAAAAUGGAAAUGAAAUUUCUUUCGACGCAACUAUUGGAACUAAAGCAAUAGAUGCCGAAGUCAAAAUCACCGAUAAGGAAUUUAGAUAUAUGUACUCCUUCUGUGAAGCUUCUAAGCAAUGUGCCCAUAUUGAAAUCGAUGCUAAAACGAUAACGAAUGAGAUCGCUCGAUAUGAUGGUCAACUUGAAAUCAACAUCGAUCUGAGAGUAUUAGGAUUACCAACUGAGUUUGGACUGAAAUCCGUCACUCACAGAGACAAUUUCCUCCUGGACCACACAGUAGAUGUCCAUUUUGAAAAUGCCGCCAAUAAAUACAAAUACAGUUUAUCGAUUCAUCCUUCGCAAUUUGAAAUUUCACUUACUACUCCGAACAGAAUUAUUUCAUUGGAAGGAACUGCAAAUAUACCCAGAACAAAUCUUCAAAAUGGUGGUAGAGCUUCGGGAGAAAUAGCCUUCUACACUGACAAAAAGAACAAUCCUCAAACAAAAUCAUCAUUAACUGCUUCUGUGAAUGUUGAUGUUCCUGGUAAAACAGUCAAUGCUGAGGCCAAACUGAAUAUCGUGAAUAUGAAUAGGCCAUUGACCAUCAAAUAUACCAGCUUAGUGCCAAAACCUGAUUUGAUAUCGUCAGGAUCACAAGAAUUGAUAAUUGACAUUUUCGCCAGUCCUGAUCAAAAAAUAGUUGCUUCCCAAACACAGUCUUCUCAAUACGACAAAAACACACAUAAAGUUCAAGCUCAGACUUCAAUAGUCGUGAAGAGUACUGGCUUGGGUAUCGACAUCGUUACAAAUCUUGGUGCAGUAUUGGAUCCUAAGGUCCUAACUGGUAGUAUUAAAGCUAGCAAUCAUAUUGAUUUGAAUCGUAAUAAAUACGAAAGUGUUUUCAAAUUAUCUGCAUCACCUAAAGAAGCUUAUCUCUUAAUCAAGGCUCUGAAUAAUUUAAUCCUUGAAAUUCAGUCUGCCAUUACUUUCACCAAGGGAGAAAUAGACGUCAAUUCUCAAGUAACAGGCCUUGGAUUUGAGCCAAUAGAAGCUGAUCUCCAAAUAAAGAAUUAUAAUAGUAUUACUUUCACCAGGUUCAUCAAAAGUGAUCCAAGUAACAAGCUUGUGGUCCGAGGAUCUGUAAUACUGGGUCAAACUGCUGAAGUCGCAAUCGAACAUAAUUCUAAACCACUUCUCCAAAUAUCGAUUGAUUUGAGUGAAAAAAAAUUUUUGAAACCUACUUUCAGAGUGGAAGGGGAUGAGUUGAAAAAACUUUCAUCUAAAAUGAGAACUAUUGCUCUCAACCAACUGAAAGAAACUAUAAUUAAAGUGAAGGAAACUGCCGAAAAGUUAGGAAGAGAUGGAAGUGCCUUAUUGGAUAAAGCUAAGCUUUCAGUUCCAGAUGCCACCCAAUCUGUACAGUUCUAUGAGAAAGAGGCAGCAUCUUUCAAGCGUGAACUUGCGUCAGACAAAACUCUUCAAAACUUGGGUAAAUUAUUGGAUAGUGUUAUCGAUAAUGCCUUCAACGUAGUUGGCAAAGUUAUUUCAGAAGCUUGCCAUAUUAUUGAAAGGACAAUACAAGCUACCGUGGACACAGUUUCUGAUGUGUUGAGCCAUAUAAAAGCCGCUCUACUUCCAAGACUCCAAGUCAUUUCUCAGGAAAUUCUAGAAGCUGCGAAGAAUAUCGCUGAUAAAAUUGCUGAUAUUGUAGCUAGUCUUAUCGUUACAGCCAGUGAAAUAUUGAAGACUUUCGAGCCGCAUUUGGAGGUUAUUGUUUCAACGGUAGCUGAUGUCUUACAAGACAUCGUCAAAGCUUUAUCUUCGUUCUUAGAAAAUCUAAAAGAUUCAGUGGUCCAACAGAUGAAACUCGUUCAAACGAGACUAAGUCAAUCUCCGAUCGUCGCAGAAAUCAAGGCUCAAUAUCAUGAUUUAUUGAAAAAUGGUCUACCAUCUAAAGACGUAUUAGUGAAUACAAUGAGAGCAGCAUUUGGAGUAGUCAGAGAGAUAAUUCCUUUCCCAGAAAUACAACAGUUGAUUGAUGAAAUUUCAGGAUAUACUGAGAAGGUGCUAACGAACCAACCUGUUGAUGAUAUGGCUGAAAUUAAGAAGAUAAGUCAUACUGCACUGACUCUCGUAACCAAAUUAUCUGGAGUCGUUGUCAAGGAGAUUGUUCCAGAUCUGCUACGAAACUCGAAGAUACCAGCUAUGAACUUGGAACUACUCAGAAGAUUACCUAGUCUUGGAACAGUGAAGGUAUCGGCACUCAACUAUUUACUACAAGAAGAUAUGACACCAUUCGCAACAUUCCUCCUUCGUCUGAUUAUGUCACCACGAGAAUUCAUGAUUCCUUCCGAAUUGAGCGCUAUUGUUGCCCUGUCUGAGGUAUUCACCUUUGAUGGCAAGAUCUACUACUUACCUGCUGAAAAUUGCAACUACUUGCUGGCGGCUGAUGCUGUAAAUGGAAACUUUUCUAUUGUGGGCCAUUUCCAGAACAAAAUAUUCAGCGGUGUCACGUUGACUGAUAAAUCUGGCUCUAUAACACUCAAACAAGAGAAGAAACUUUUACUUGACAAUGUUGAAGUACAAGUACCAGUGCAGAAAGACACUUUAAGAGUCUACAGAACUAACGCUUUCUAUUUCAUCGAGAGUAAGACUGGAGUCCAGAUAGUAUGCGAGGUUAACUUCCUUGGUUGUGAUAUCAAAACCUCUGGAUUCUACCGUGGUCAACUCAGAGGCUUGUUAGGAAAUGGAAAUAACGAACCACACGAUGAUGGCACCCUUCCAAACGGCAAAAUAGUAGAUAAAUUGAACGACAUAGCCUCUGCUUAUACUAUUGGUCAACAAUGCGGAUCAUUGUCGCUGAAGGAGAUCGAAGAGCCGAAAAGCGAUCCACAAUGUGAGAAGAUGUUUGAUUAUGAGUCUUCGUUGAGGUUAUGCUACCCAUUCGUGGACCGAAAACCUGCCAAGAAGGCCUGUGAUUUUGCUGCAGCUCAAGGCGUUAAAGAUAUUCACAGAAUGAUUGGUUCACUUUACUCUUAUCAGUGUUACAAAUCCAAUGUACCAGUGGAGAUUCCCGAAGACUUGAGUGAACAAUGUACAAACUCCAUAACACCAAGGAAAUUGGAGGAACAAUUCAAUAUUCAAUUGCCUGGAAAGUCAGCUGAUGUCCUUCUCUUGGUGAACACUGAUAAAUCCAAUGAGGCGCUUUAUACAGAAUAUGCACAAAGCCUAGUAACAGCAAUUGUAAAAGAAUUCAAUAGCAAGGGAAUAAACGAUGUUGUGUUCCAUUCUGUUGUCUAUGGAGGUCCAAACCAAAAACCAUCAUACGUUACUGUUGGAGGACAAACAACAUUCAAAGAUAAGGCUCCAACUCUCAAAUUCAAAGAAUCGCCGAAACCCCAAAAAUUAGUAACUGGAAUCACAGACAUCGAUAGAAUCAUCAGUUUCAUUUAUGCCAUGAUGCAUGAUUUGAAAAUAGCCUUAGGUCUGACCUUGGAAUAUAACACCUACGCCGACGCUACCAACUAUCCCUUCAGAGUGGAAGCAAUAAGAACUACUGUGGGUAUCAGCAGCGACCCUUGUGAAGAAGGACUAAUAAUUCCUCUCCAAAUUGCAAAAGCUAUUCUCAUGAAUAGGAAGGAUAUAAAUAUGAAUUUGAUAAGUCCAGUUAAAGAUCUGAAGGUUAAAGAUGCUCAAACUACCAAGAAUGUCAUAGGUUUCAAUGCAGAAAACGUGAUAACGCUUAGCGACGCUGCUUCCAAACCUACAGGAACUCCUGCUCUCCAGAAAGUCCUGGCCUACAACGAUUUGUGCGCAGAUUAUACUGUUGGUGUUGGAGGCAACGCUUUUGUAUCAAGCAAUAUUAUGGCGAAUAAGGACAAAAAGGAUCUUAUAGCUCAGACAAUGGCUAAAACUAUCGUGGAUAGUGCAAUCAGUAAAAAGAUCCAAAUGGAAUGUACAUGUAAAUAUACUCAAGAUCACCCUGUCAAUCCUUACAAUUAUUGUAAGCCAGUGGAUAUCAAAGAAGCGUGAAUACUACAUGCCAAGAUGUUCUGAAACUUCAUGUUCACGUCCUCAUAACAAGUAUUUCGUAUUACGAAUAAUGUAAAUACCACUAUAAUAAAACACAAUUUCAUAUUU